AUGAGCGACGCCUCCGCGCGCAUCGCCGCGCGACUGCUGCGCGGAUGGACGCUCACGGCAGAGCGCUGCCCGGUGGCCCGGUGCGGGACGCCGCUGAUGCGCGAGCGCGCGACGGACGCGACGUUUUACUGCGCCGGUGGCGACGCGUCGGUGCGACUCGACGACGUCGAGCACGGCGCGCGGAGCGGCGCGGUGGACGCGUGGGAGGCGGAGAGCGACGAGGACGAGGACGCGCGUGAUCGCGACGGCGCGCGCGCGCGCGAGGUCGGGACGUCGGAGGAGGAGGACGGCGACGCGGACGACGCGAGGUCGCCGUCGGCGCGCGAGGACGCGACGCGCAUCGACGGCGGGAUCGACGGCUUGGUCCUGCGCGACGGCGUCGUGGACGUGUCGGGACGCGUCGCGGAGAAAAUGCUCAUGGGUUGGACGCUGACGAACGAUGUGUGCCCGGUGUCGUCGUGCUCGGCGCCGCUCGUGCGGAACCGGGCGGGCGAAUCGUUUUGCGUUCGCCACGAAAUGUUCGUUCGAAAGGGCGAGAGCGCGACGCGCGCGAUGGGGGCGACGGUUUCGGCGCCAAAACCACCUCCGGGUACGGCGGCCGCGCGCGACGGAAAGAGUCGCGUCGGUAGGCAAUCGCGCGUGGACGACGAAAUCGAGGAGUCGUCGCUCAGGACGCUUCGCGCCCUGGAAGAAAAACUCGCGCAGGCUCGCGGCGCUCUGCGCGAUGAAACCGACGUCGACAAGUGUCGAUCGUGGCUGGCGUUCAUCGAUGAGCUCCACGGCUCCAUGCGCGCGCUUAGCGGCGGGAUUUGA